GUACCAGACUCGUUCGGAACAUCCGUUGCAAUGGUGCAGAUCAAAUUCCUUUUCGUCUUCCUGGCCGUGAUGACAAUUGUUGUCCUGGCCGCCAAUAUGGCUGAUGCCGAUUGCCUUUCCGGCAAAUACAAGGGUCCCUGCGCCGUCUGGGAUAACGAGAUGUGUCGUCGUAUUUGCAAGGAAGAGGGACACAUUAGUGGCCACUGCAGUCCCAGCCUGAAGUGCUGGUGCGAAGGAUGCUGA